GCUUUCGUGACCCAGAUCCUCAUCCACCGCGGCGAGGCCACCGGCGUGCGCGUGGAGCGCCGCGGCCGCCGGACGCGCCGCUGCCGCGCGGCGCGCGCGGUGCUGCUGGCGGCGGGCGCGAUCGGCACGCCGAAGCUCUUGAUGCUCAGCGGGGUUGGAGAUCCGCUGAUCUUGCAGGAGCUCGACAUCCCCGUGAAGGUGGCCAACCGCGAGGUGGGGCAGAACCUCGCGGAUCAUUUGGCGCAUUUCACGUGGUUCGGCCUCCAAACGGAUCUUCCCAUCGACCCUCUUCGCGACGCAGCAUGCUCUUCGCGGGAGAUUUGCAACGCCUUCUUCCGCUCGGACAUGACGUCCCCCCACGUGGACGCGGAGCUGCGCUUGUAUGGCGGUUGCAACGUGGAGCGAAACAGCUUCGACUUCGGCCUCGAAUCCGUUCUCCUGCGCCCCGCGUCCCGCGGCCGCGUGACGCUGCGAGCCGCAGAGCCGCGCGCGGAGCCGGUGGUGGAGUUCCCGCGCUGGUGGGAUGAGGACUACGAGCACUUGGAGCAGAUCCUUCUUCGCCUGGCAGACACCUUGGGUUUGGAGGCCAACAACCUCAGUAGCAGCACGAAGCCCUUGAAGGAAGAUCUGCGAGAGAAGGC